CCGAGCGCGCAAGUAAAUUUUCGUUUUGUUUGCUGCUCUUUUCGAGGAUUCUGCCGGCGAAUAUGAAACGCACCAAAGACGACGGCAAGGAGGAGUCAGGCGCCGACCCGGCUGGCCCCAGUGCCAGCAAUGGCACCGACGUCACAGCUCCGGGAGCUGCAACUUCGUCCAGUGCCUUGGCUGCCGCUGCGGUCGCGGCCUCGGUUCGCACAACGGGACGGGUGAAGAAACCCAAGCAGGUAUACGAUCCCUCCGACAACUACAUAUCCCGAGCCAGCAAUCGCAGCUCCCUGGCCGGUGGCGGAGCAGCGAGCACUGCAUCGGCCGCCGGGGUGGCCAGCAGUGAACAGUCGCCAACCGCAAAUGUGUCGGCAGUCGUCUCAGAGGCCAACGACUCGCUGGACUCGAAUCCCAGUCCUUCGGCAUCGGAGAAGCAGCAGCAACAGCAGCAGGCACCGCAGCCGCAGCAGAGCCGCAACUUUGACACGUGCCAGAAGUGCAGCAAGAGCGAGCCCAAGCGAGGAUCUGGUCACAAGAGCAACUUCCUAACAUGCAAGACCUGCAUGCAAAAAUGGCAUUUUCCCUGCUUGGCAGUGAACUUCGACAAUCUUGUCCUCGCCCGAAAGAAGUACAAAUGCGAAAAGUGUCGCUACUGCAAUCUAUGCAACAUACGUGGACGCAAUAUUCCCAUUUGCAGUGUUUGCGUUGAGCCCUAUCAUCCGCACUGCAACAACAAGGCUCUCAAGCCGAGCGCCAAAGCCAUCGAGGUUGAUCCCAAGUGGAAGUGUUACCGUUGCGAGGGAAGCAACAGCAACAUUAGCAAUCACGACAACAGCACCAUCAACAACACCAGCUCGUCUGGCGGAGAACAUGCAUCGCCAUUGGUUAAGAAGUCGAAUGCAGGGCGCAAAAAGCGCGUUCAGUCCGAUACGACUGGUCAGAAGAAGCCAGCCAAGAUGGAGAAGUUGGAGAAGCUUGAGAAGUUGGAGAAGUUGGAGAAGCUUGAGAAGUUGGAGAAGCUUGAGAAGAUGGAGAAGCUUGAGAAGAUGGACAAACCGGACAAAGUAGAUAAGCCGGAAAAGUUAGAGAAGCCGGAGAAGCUGGGAAAGUCGAAGAAGCCGGAAAAGCUGAAAGAGCAUAGCCCGCCACAAAAAUUCAAGAGGGAGCCGGAGGAUCCUGACGACCAGGACAACAACCAAGAGAAAAAGCAAAAGUUGGAGGAACCCGAGCAGAUCGAAGAGUCCCCGCCGAUUAAUAAUGAUGCUUCCUCACGUCUAUCGACACCCUCACCGUCACCCGCAGAAGCAACUGAUGCCACCACCGCCACCACCGCCGCCGUUGUGGACAUACAGAUAGAGACUGUGUCCACCUGGACCGUGGAACAGGUGGUCGACUUUGUUGGCAAGCGCUAUCCCAACGAGGCGAGUGCGUUCCGCUAUCAGGACAUCGAUGGCGCCUCGCUGCUGCUACUCACCCGUCAAGAUGUGAUGACCCGAUUCGGCCUGAAGCUGGGACCGGCGCUGCGCGUCCUUGAACUAGUCAUGUCCCUGCAAACAAAGUCCGAUAAUGUGUCCAUUGCCUGGUUGGAUUAGCCUCUGAUACAACUAGGACUGUGCGUUGUAUUCCCCUCUCUCCCAUCACUUCGCCCGUUCGCUUCAAGUGCUUAUAUUAAGUCUUUGGGCGACACUUUUCUCUAUAAGUUAUAUAUGCUAUAUAUUCGCGAAAAACGACUCGUUUAUUUCCUUUGAAUAUUAAAUUCAAUUCAAUAUUUUUUUUGAAAACCCAUUUACUUUUAGGUAACACCUUCGUUGAAACACACACAAUUUUAGUUUAAAUCGCUACGAAACAUCUCUUCAUUUAUUUAUGAUUAAGAAAAUGAAAACGUUUGAGUUUGUUUUUAGUUGUAAUUUACGUUAAAUAAAACGAAAAAGAAAACUGUUUUUGUGUUCUCAUUUUGAAUUAAAAAGAAACAGCGUUAAGCAGGGAUCCGCUCAGUGCGAAUCCUUAGUAUUCUGUACUUUAUAACACCUAUUAAACAUGCCCUAGCUUAUGAUUUUCAACUGUAUAAACACAUGUAUAUAAAAACAUAUAUAA